CAUGAGAACAAGCACGGGCCGCGGCUGUCGGCCACAACAACGCCGCCACGCCACAACCCGCCCCGAGAUCUCUCCAUCGACUCCGGCCGCCGCCGAAAGAAGAGGCCAAGCCAAAGGGAUCUCCAUCAAGAAUUCAAGAUGCAGAUCUUUGUGAAGACGCUGACGGGCAAGACGAUCACGCUGGAGGUGGAGGCGUCGGACACGGUGGCGAACGUGAAGGCCAAGGUCCAGGACAAGGAGGGGAUCCCGCCGGACCAGCAGCGCCUCAUCUUCGCGGGGAAGCAGCUGGAGGACGAGCGCACGCUGGCCGACUACAACAUCCAGAAGGAGUCGACGCUGCACCUGGUCCUCCGCCUCCGCGGCGGCGGCAAGAAGCGCAAGAAGAAGACGUUCACCACGCCCAAGAAGGCCAGCCACGAGCACAGGAGCGUCGGGCUCGCCGGCGUGCUCGGCAGGUACAGGGUCGACGAGGCCACGGGGAAGGUCGAGAGGCUGCGCAAGGAGUGCCCCAACCCCGAGUGCGGGCCCGGCACGUUCAUGGCGGCGCACGCCGACCGCCACGCCUGCGGCAGGUGCGGCCUCACCUACGUCGUCGCGAGCCAGAGCGCGGCAGAGCUUAGCGGCUAGGUCGCUUCAUAUGACAUGUUUUGGAAGUGGGUCAUUAGUUCAAACAGUAGUGUUUGUUUAGGUAAUCGUGGAAUUUUUUUUUACAGUUAUUAACUGAAUUCUUUCUAUGGAGGCGUGGUUGCUUUUGAAUCUCUUUUGUUCGAUCCGGCAGCCUGUUUGCUGCUCGUAGCCACAUGUUCUUUCCCUGAGAAAUAAGCAGAGCAGCCCAAGGUUGGAUUGUUGCUACCUCAACUGCAAACGGAUAGUCCAAACUGUAUAGCUGAAUUUUGGAUUUCCCACUUA